AUGCAAGGCCACUGCCGAGCAGCACACAGAUGGACCAACCCGCGAAAUCGAGGUCGGGUCGCAGGAGGGCAAGACACCGCAGCAGAAGACAAGGUGCCGUGGCGUACAGGCGUGGCGUGCCAGAGGUUCUUCCGCAAUCGGGCGGCAAGCGGCUGGUUCGAGGUGGAGCGGCUGUCGAACAAGCAGACUGCGACCGCCGGAACUGAUACAGGAGCAGGCGGCAGCACCAACAGCGACACGUGGCAGCUCAUGCUAGCGGCAUAUGACGUCAAACUGGCAACAGAAGAGGAGGAGCGGCGACGGAAGGCGGACGGGCCCGGCGGAAUCGACGCGGACUCGACGUGGGUUCGGGAGAUGGGCUGGGCCAGGCAUCUUGAAGGCAAGGAUCUGGUGGUAUUGCACGACGCCAGCUUGGGCCCGCUGUCGAGAGCUGCGCUGGAGAGGCUGCGUGACAUGACAUCAAAGGACGAGCAGCAGCAGCUAACACGGCUCGCCGAGAGCUUCGACCGGGAGGUGGCGCGGUGCACGGCACGGCUGGAGCUGUAA